ACACAUUACAAUGACAGGGUUGAACUUCUUGCAGCAUAUUGUUGUGGCUUUUGUUUUAACCAGUUUUAUUCUAUGCAGAGCUGCAAACAUUACAAAUCAGAAUCAACUGUACGAUGACUUACAGCAAGGUUACAAUAAAGACAUCCGACCUGAAGAAACAAAUGUCAUACAGGUAGUGAAUUUUUCACUUUCCUUAGUGAGCAUCAACCGGUUCGACGAGCUCAAUGGCGAGCUUGAUAUGACGUCAAUGAUAACGAUGAGCUGGGUUGACAGCCGUUUAGUCUGGGACAGCUCCAAGUAUGGCGGUCUUACCUCGAUGAUGUUCCCGCCAAGCAAAAUAUGGACGCCACAAGUUUACAUCCUGAAUGCUUACGAUUUAUUUGAAGUAGAGAAUGAGCAGUAUGUUCGUGUGACGUCGGAUGGGGUUGUCACGUGGAAACCGGCUCAACUUUUGUACCUUUUGUGCUCUGUGAAAAAGAAAGGGGAAGUUGCACCAUUAGAAAAUGUUACCCCGGUAAAAGAAAUGAAACUAUCCGACACAGACCAAGACGAUGAAGACGACAGUGACGCACAGGAAGUGACGUGGAAAGAUGUCGGACUUGCAUUUGAAUAG